GCCGGGCCGGCCCCGACAGGAGGAGGCGCAGCUUUGCAGCACCCAGAGCUGUUCUGCCACCAGGAGGAGGCCCGACCAUGAAGCUGUUGGAAAACUCCAGCUUCGAAGCCAUAAACUCCCAGUUGACGGUGGAGACGGGAGAUGCUCACAUCAUUGGCAGGAUCGAGAGCUAUUCUUGCAAGAUGGCCGGAGACGACAAACAUCUCUUCAAGCAGUUCUGCCAGGAGGGCCAGCCUCAUGUGCUGGAGGCCCUCUCACCACCCCAGACCACGGGGAUCAGCCCAAGCAGGCUGAGCAAGAGCCAGAGUGGGGAUGAAGAGGGACCCCUCAGUGACAAAUGCAGCCGCAAGACCCUCUUCUACCUGAUUGCCACUCUUAACGAGUCUUUUCGGCCAGACUACGACUUCAGCGCAGCCAAGAGCCAUGAGUUCAGCCGGGAGCCGAGUCUUAACUGGGUGGUGAAUGCAGUGAACUGCAGUCUCUUCUCUGCAGUGCGGGAGGAUUUCAAUGCUUUGAAGCCCCAUCUUUGGGAUGCUGUGGACCAGGAGAUUUGUCUCUCUGAGUGUGACAUCUACAGCUACAAUCCGGACCUCGACUCUGACCCAUUUGGAGAAGAGGGCAGCCUGUGGUCCUUCAACUACUUCUUCUACAACAAGCGGUUGAAGAGGAUUGUUUUCUUUACCUGUCGCUCCAUCAGUGGUUCCACGUACCCACGUUCUGAGGCUGGGAAUGAGCUUAACAUGGAUCUGAGCGAGGACGAGGUGGAGGAGGCUGCAGAUGGCUGCGACAAGGAAGGGGGCAGCCUUGGGGAAGAUAGGAGACAAGUGAUCUGCAUGUGAUCCCAUGGCAGAUGCUCCCUCCUCACCCUUGAGGAAGGCUUCUCCAGCAUGUUUGCCCAGAUCAACCUAGCCUUCCGUUGCAUUGCUCUGCCUGCCCAGCCGCCCUACGGAUGCUGCGUGAUCCUUCGGUGCCUCUGGAUGCCCGGGAUGCUGCCUGCUCAUCCUCUGCCCGCUUGCUUCCACGUCGGGGGCCCAGACACGGAGGUCUUUCCACCAUUCACCCACCGUCUAGGAUACCGGUCUCCCUUUCCGCUGUGGCUGAACCAUCCUGAAGCACUUUCUGUUCCCAGCUGGAUCCAUCUCUCACCCCUCCUGCCAGCACCAGCAUCUGUGUUGGGGGUAAAGGAGCUCCUGACUAGGGGUUGGGCUGUCUUUACCAGCGAGUCCGAACCGUCUUUGGACCGACCGAUGCUGGGCCUCCUUGUCUCUCUCUGUCCAGUGUCUGACUGGGCCCUUGGCUGAUGGUUUUUUCAGCUGCGUUCCUGUGACUUGAGGCGGAAGACUCUCAGGGGGGCGCCUACUGACCUCCCUUUUUAAACCUGAAAGAUAUUUGGCAAUGAGCAAGUGGGCACUGGACGACUGCAAGCCAGAUUGUGAGCAUCUCUGUAGCACUGCUGCUCCCCCCCUGCACCACUGGGCUCUUAAGAGUUUUAUUUUUGUAUUCGGGCCCUAUAAACUAUGCUGGGAUUUCUCUCGUUUGCCUCCCCUCUCCAUACAUUUUCCUGCAGCAGCUGCCUUUUUUCCUGCCCCCUGACAUGUGUCAGCUGUUCUGCCCACCUCUGCUCCCUUGCUUCAUGGCCUCUUUGCCAUGUUAGCCUCUGGCACUUCUCCGCUUCUCUUGUGCAGAAUGCGGGUGCUGAUUAAGAUGGAGGGUUGGUCUCCUGCCCAAGGCGGUGCCUCCUCCCUGGCCUUUCCUGUGCUGCUGUGGAAGUUCUACCCCCUCCACCACCCACUUUUUCUUGCACUGACUCCCGAUUCCCUCCUGGGUGGUUCAUUUCUGUGUUUGUGUUCAAGAAACUGGAGGGGCAAGGAAGUCUGAGGGCAAGGGCUGGCUGAUGGUUUGGAAGUAUGGAGCCAAGAAGACCCGACGUCAGGGGCCAUUAUGCGUUACUUAUGGCUGGGCUUCUUAGCAGCCGCAACUCUGUGAGCCCUGAAUCCUCUCAGGCUGAAGAAGGCGCCAGCAGAUGCUCCUGGCCAGCUCUCUGUAAGAGAAGUACUUCUCAGCCACAUCUCCCAGAGUAUAACCCCAUCCGGAGGACUUCUGCUACUCGCUUUCAGCCAGCCAGAUGCUCUUGGCUGCCCUUUUUAAGUGUAUUUCACUUUCUUGGAUUUGGGGGGGGGGGGCUGGCCCAAAGGAAACCUGUUCAGAAGAGAAAUCUGGCUCCAGCCCUCUGCUCCUUUCACCACCCCUGGCUCGUGUUCCCCAUGGAUGCUGUUUUGCCCAUACAUAGAUACUCUGUAAGACUAAGUGGCUUGGUUACCUCCUAUGUUUAGCUAUGUUUCAUUGGUGGGCUAUAAAGUUUUUGUGACCUC